GAAAGAAGCAAGCAAUCUUGUGCAGGUUGUUGGAUCUAUUGUCUUAGAAAGAAGUAGAAGCAAGGCACACUCAGAGAGAGAGAGAGAGAGAGAGAGAGUUGUAUUAGAAAAAUGCCGUUUUACAGAAUUGCAGUGGGGACUCCGGGAGAGGCGAGCCAACCGGAUGCGCUCAAGGCGGCCUUGGCGGAGUUCUUCUCUAUGGUCAUUUUUGUUUUUGCAGGGGAAGGGUCCGGCAUGGCCUUCAACAAGCUUACGGAUAACGGGUCAGCAACACCAUCAGGGUUAGUAGCAGCAUCAUUAGCUCAUGCAUUCGCUCUAUUUGUGGCAGUUUCGGUAGGUGCCAACAUAUCAGGGGGUCAUGGUGUGUGUAUGUCAGAGUGUGGGUUGGUUUUGGAAACAUCUGCAUUUUCUCUAUCCACCAAUGUAACCGUAUGGAACGCACUCGUGUUUGAGAUCGUGAUGACAUUCGGACUGGUCUACACAGUUUACGCCACAGCAGUUGAUCCCAAGAAAGGGAAUGUGGGCAUUAUUGCCCCCAUUGCAAUUGGUUUAAUUGUGGGUGCUAACAUUCUGGUUGGUGGUGCCUUCGAUGGUGCUUCUAUGAAUCCAGCAGUAUCUUUUGGGCCUGCUGUCGUGAGCUGGACAUGGACACACCACUGGGUCUAUUGGGCCGGCCCAUUUAUCGGGGCCGCCAUUGCUGCCCUUGUCUAUGACAACAUCUUCAUUUGUGACAAUGCACAUGAGCAACUCCCAACCGUUGAUUAUUAGAAACUUUCUCUCUCUCUUUCUCUGUCUGGAUUGGAUUAAGGGGGGAGGGAAUAAAGGUGGGUAUGGAGAUCAAUUGUUAAAGGGAUGGGCUUUUGGGGGUGGAUGUUGGCAUUCUUGAAGUUUAGUUUCUUGUGAUUCUGUUUUGUUUUCUAGGCUUGGUUGUAAGAGUUUCUUGGUUGUCUUCGGUCAAAUCAAUGGAUAUGUCAUGUUUGUUUUGUUAUCAUUUAUAUGUGUAAUUAAU